AAAUACUGUUUUGCACAUAACGCAUCAAGGAAGAUUAUCUUUUCAAGCAACGAUUUCAAGGUCACCGCCAUGUCGAUCUCAAACCAAGAUUCCCGUUUGAACGCGCUUAUAAGACCCGGCGUGCUACAUUUUUAACCAAGGCCAAAGCUGUGGUAGGAGCGGGUCUUAGCUGAUUUGAAGCAGUCAGAAAGAACUCGCCUUUCGAGCCAAGCUUAUCAUUUUGUUAAAAGUGCAAAAAUAUCACGAAGAAAUUAUGUCGUUCGUUCGCCUAAAUCUCGUCAGAAAGGUGAUGCCGAUUGGAACACGUCUUUUCUGCUCUAAACCUCCUUUGGAGUCUGUUCUCCAGCCUACUUCCAGGAGUACCAGCGCUGUGCAUUCCGCAACAGGUUCAAAGCUAACAGAAAUUAAGACAGAAAAUAUGAUAGUCGCAGCAACAGAUGCAGAACCCGUCGCAGCAACUACUACCAUUAUUGAAGCAGUGAAACAUUCCGAAGAAGUUGCUGAAGUACGACCAUUGGUAAAUUCUUCCGCCGAUCCCGCCGUCGAUACAUUGACACCUGCUGAGGAAGUUGUUGAACCGGUAUUAGCUGCUCCUCCCGUAGUUGAAGCAGUUAAACCUGCUGAAGAAGUUACUGCUGCUCCUUCCAUCAUGGAAACAAUUAAACCUGUAGAGGAGGAAGCUAUUACUAUUCCCGUCGUUGAAGCGACAAAAUCUGCUAUAGAUAUUGCUGAACCGGUCUCGGCUCCUCCUCCCGUCACUGAAGCAGCUGAACUUGUUGCCGAAGUACCUGAACCAAUUUUAGCCGCUCCUUCCUUCGUUGAAGCGGUCGUGACUGCGGAAGUAGCUGGACCAGUCUUAGCUUCUCCUUCCAUCAUUGAAGCAGUGAAAGAUGCCGAGGAACCAACGAAAACUGUUGAAGAAAUCGUUGCUGAACCGCUCAUAUUAGCUGCUCCUCCCGUCGUUGAAUCAGUUCAAGUUGCUGCGGAAGUACCUGAACCAGUCUUAACUACCACUUCCGUCGUUGAGGCACUGAAACCUACAGAAGAAGUUAUUGUUGCUCCUUCUAUCGUUGAAGCAGUGACAUCUUCUAAAGAAAUAGCUGAACCAGUUUUGGAUGCUCCUCCCAUCGUUGACGCAGUGAAUCCUGCUGAGGAAGUUGCCAAACCACUUGCAGCUGCUCCUUCCUUCAUUGAAACAGUGAUACCUGCGGAAGAGGAAGAACCAGUCUUAGCUGCAGCUGCCAUCAUCGAACCAGUUAAACUUUUGGAAGAUGUUGUUGAACCAAUCGUGGAUGCUCCUCCCAUUGGUGAAGCGAUAAAAUCUACUGAAGAAAAUACUGAACCAGUGUUAGUUGCCACUCCCGCCGUUGAAUCAGCUAAAGUUGCUGCGGAAGUAGCUGAACCAGUCUUAUCUGAUGGUGUGGUCAUCGAACAAGUGAAACCUUCUGAAGAAGUUUCUGAUCCGCUCAUAGCUGUUGCUCCCGCCGUUGAAGCAGCUGAACUUGCUGUGCCUGCUGAAGGAAUGACUGAACCAGUCUUAGCUGAUAGUGUCAUCGAACCAACGAAAACUGUUGAAGAAAUCGUUGCUGAACCACUCAUAGCUGCUCCCCCCAUUGGUGAAACGAUAAAAUCUACAGAAGAAAUCACUCGUCAACCAGUCUUAGCUAGUCCUCCCGUCGUUGAAGCAGUGAAAUCUGCCGAGGAAGUUGUUGAACCCGUCUUAGCUGUUCCUUCUAUCGUUGAAGCAGCGAAACCUGCCGAGGAAGUUGCUGAACCAGUGUUAGUUGCCAUUCCCGUCGUCGAAUCAGUUGUUGCGGAAGAAGCUGAACCAGUCUUAUCUGACGGUGUGGUCAUCGAACAAAUGAAACCUGCUGAAGAAGUUCCUGAACCGCUCAUAGCUGUUCCUCCCGUCGUUGAAGCAGCUGAAGUUGCUGCAGAAGUAGCUGCUCUAGAACCAGUUUUAGCCGCUCCUUUCAUCGUUGUAGCAGUUAAACCUGCCGAGGAAGUUGCUGUAGCUGCUCCUUCCGAAUCACUUGUAGCUGAUUCUUCCAUCGUUGAAGCCGUAGCUGCUCCUUCCGUCACCGAAACAGUGAAACCUGCAGAAGAAGAAGCUAAACCAUUCUUAGCAGCAGCUGCCGUCAUCGAACCAGUAAAAAUUGUGGAAGAAGUUGUUGAACCAAUCGUAGAUGCUCCUCCCAUUGGCGAAGUGAUGAAAUCUACUGAAGAAAUUGUUGAACCAGUCUUGGCUGCUCCUCCCAUCGUUGAAGCAGUUGAACUUGCUGCCGAAGUACCUGAACCAGUUUUAGCUACCCCUCCCGUCGCUGAGGCAAUGGAACCCACAGGAGAAGUUAUUAUUGAUCCAGCCUUAGCUGCUCCUUCUACCACUGAACCAGUGAACCCUGCGGAGGAGGUUGCCGCUGCUCCUUCCGUCGUUGAAGCGGUGGCAUCUACUGGAGAAAUUGCUGAACCACUCGUAGCUGCUCCUCCCAUCGUCGAAGCAGGGAAACCCGUUGAAGAAGUUUUGGAACCAGUUCUAGCUGCUGCUCCCGACCUCGAAUCAUUGAAACCCGCAGACGAAGAAGUUACUGAACCACUCCUAGUUACUACUACCGUCGGUGAAGCGAUGAAAUCUCCUGAAGAAAUUGCUGAACCUGUCUCGGCUCCUCCUCCCGUCAUUGAAGCAGUUAAACUUGCUGCCGAAGUACCUGAACCAAUUUCGGCUGCUUCUUCCAUCACUGAAGCAGUGAAACCUGCCGAGGAAGUUGCGGAACCAGUCAUAGCUGCUCCUUCUAUCGUUGAGACACUGAAACCUGCUGAAGAAGUUGUCGAACCAGUCUUGGCUGCCCCUCCCAUUGUUGAAACAGCUAAAUCUGCUGAAGAAGUUACCGAACCAGUGUUAGUUGCCACUCCCGCCGUUGAAGCACUGACACCCACAGAAAAAGAUACUGAACCCGUCCUAGCUAGUCCUCCCAUCGUUGAAGCACUGAAACCUACUGAGGAAGUUGCUGAACCAGUGCUAGUUGCCACUCCCGUCGAAGCCGUUAAAGUUGCUGCGGAAGUAACUGAACCAGUUUUAGCCGCUCCUUCCGUCGUUGAAGCAGUUGCAUCUGCUAAAGAAAUUGCUGAACCAGUCCUGGAUGCUCCUCCCAUCGUUGACGCAGUGAAGCCUGCUGAGGAAGUUGCUAAACCACUUGUAGCUGAUCCUUCCAUCGUUGAAGCCGUAGCUGCUCCUUCCGUCAUCGAAACAGUGAAACCUGCAGAGGAGGAAGCUAAACCAGUGUUGGCUGCAGCUGACGUCAUCGAACCAGUAAAACUUGUUGAAGAAGUUGUUGAACCAAUCGUAGAUGCUCUUCCCAUUGGCGAAGCAAUGAAAUCUACUGAAAAAAUUGCUCAACCAGUCUUGGCUGCUCCUCCCAUCGUUGAAGCACUUGAACCUACAGCAGAAGUGAUUGAACCAGUCUUAGCUGCUCCUUCUAUCGUUGAACCAGCGAAACCUGCCGAGGAAAUUGCCGCAGCUCCUUCCGUCGUUGAAGCGGUGACAUCUACUGAAGAAAUUGCUGAACCACUCGUAGCUGCUGCUCCCAUCGUUGAAGCAGGGAAACCUGUUGAAGAAGUUGUGGAACCAGUUUUAGCUGCUGCUCCCGUCCUCGAAUCAUUGAAACCCGCAGACGUUCCUGAACCAGUUGUAGUUGCCCCUUGCGAGGCUGAAAUGGUGAAACCUGCUGAUGUUACUGCUUCUCCCGUUGUCGAAUCAGUGAAACCAGCGGAGAAAAUCGAAGAUCCUGUGGUUACAUCUUCAGCUACCGACGCCAAACCUAACACGGAGUCUACCGCUGGAAGCGACACAGACUCGGACUCGGAUUCGGACUCGGAUUCGGACUCUGACGUGGACUCGAAAUUAUCCAAAGAGUCUAAGACAGAGACAGUCGAAGGAAAUUUGGACGAACCCGUAAUUGAAGAUCCAGUGGUGGGUCCUGGGGCGUCAAAACAAGGACCGUAUAAAAAUCCUGAAUAUUUCACUUACAACGUCAUGUCGUUUUACGACAUUGAAAAAGUUAUGGAAUCGUUUAGACUUCCCCAGCCUUCAAACAAAGCUUAAGUAUGAAAAUAUUUUCGGACCAUAUUUAGAAUCAAUAUUCUUGUAUUUUUGUUUUUCCUAAUUUGGUUAAAAAUGUCAACCAAUGAAAUGGUUGUAGGUGAAUAAUUCCGGAUGUACCUGAACUAAGACCCAUAUAAACAAUAACUACUGUA